AAUAAAUAAAUACAAUCUUAAAAAAGAAAAAAAAGAUGCAGAACGUGAAUGCCACGGGUCGGGUCAUGUGUGGCAGGGAUGACGUCAUCCCUGUCCUCGGCGUCUGGGGGUGGGGGGAGCUCUGUGGCCCAGAGACCUUCCUGACCCUCUUUCUGCUUCUCCGCUUAUCCCAUCCCUGCCCUCUCUUCCCUCCUGCUCCAGAGAGCACCCAGUCCAGAUCUCUUAUAUUAAUGGUGGGGGAACCCUUCCCAGCUUGGUGCCCUUGAGUGUGCAGCCCCCGAGACGGUGCUUGUGAGUGGGUGCCACCGGCAGAAAGGCUCCGGGCACGCGUGUGAUGGGCUUUUUGUGGAAUGCUUCUCUGUCGGCACAGGGAAAAUUUGAGAUAACGAACAUGGACAUGAAGUUGGGGACAACCCUGAAGAUCAAGGGCAAGAUUGCCAGUGAUGCUGAUGGAUUUGUGAUCAAUCUGGGCCAGGAGUCAGAGAAGCUCAACCUGCAUUUCAACCCACGCUUCAGUGAGUCCACUAUCGUCUGCAACUCGAGGGAUGGCAGCUGGGGGCAGGAGCAACGGGAAGGUCACAUGUGCUUCAGCCCCGGGUCAGAGGUCAAGAUCACCGUGACCUUUGGGAAUGAUGGAUUCGAAGUGAAGCUGCCAGAUGGGCACCAGCUGACCUUUCCUAACAGGCUGGGCCACAGCCACCUGAGCUACCUGAGCGUGCUGGACGGGCUGAGCGUCUCCUCCUUCAAGAUCGACUAAGGGGACAGCACCUCCCUGGAGUGAAGACCCCGGGUGCAGAUGCCCUCUCCCAGGCUUCUCUACCCACUCACACAGGACCAGUGGUUCCUGCCCCUGGGACCCUCCUCUCCUCCCCUAAGGCUAAGAACCAACAAAAGAACCUGUCUUGAGCCAGUCUUUCCAUGGCCAGUGUUUUCCAUACAUUGUCACGCCCUCAGCAUCCUCAUGCUACGGAGAAGGAAACUGAGGCUCGAGCUCACAGGGCUGCAAGGUGGGGGUUGGGACGUGCUCCAAACAUUGCGAGCACCCACUGCUGCCUAUUUGUCUUCGAUUAUCACCAGACCAAGCGCCAAGCUGCCCCCUGGGAUCAUGGGGCAGGCCCUGGUUCCAGGCACCUGGGCCAGGGGCUGUUCCAGGAACUGCAGAUAAGGCUCCCACCUGGGCCUCUUUAUCACGGGAACAUUCAUUCCAACCUGGUUACUCAUUACCCCCUGCCUCGGCCCCUCCCCUCACUGGGGGCCCCCGGGGGUGUGGGCGAUGGGGGAGCGGAGAGGCGGCGUGAUUCUUUGGUUUUUCCAAACUGACGGGAGGCCGUUUAAGCAGGUGGAUGGGGACCCUGUUCUCCCAGGUCCCCAAGCACCUUGCAGGACACCUUUCAUCAAAAAGCUUUUUUUUAAUCAGGACCCAGAAGCGGGUCUGGGGUGCACAGGAAGGUGGGAUUCCUCUCCUGUGAGGUCACACCUGACUUUUCUCUGAAACUUUUGGGAUAAGCCAGGGGUUAGGUUUGUAAUGUCAGGGAAGCAGCCUUAGGCAAGGGCUGGCGCUCUGGGGCAUGCAGCAGGGACCCUGCUGGGGGCAGCUCUAGGAUGAAGCUAGGGACAGGCGGUCCCUUUGGGAGAGGAGACAAAGGCCCUGUGUGGUAUGCGCCCCGCUGCCCCCCCUUCUACCCCCAGCAAGGACAGUUUUUCCAGCACAAAGGCUGCACUGUGAGGCUGGGCCCUCCACAACCAGUGGGGGGGGGGUGG